AAGUCUCUACAACUGAACAAUGGAAAAAAAGAAAAGAAAAAAUGAAUAAAUUUUGUUUUUUUUGGGAAGAUAAUGAAUAAACAUUUCAAAUUUCAAAAAUCCUCCCUUCCCCCUCCCCCACCUCUCUCUCUCCCUCUCUACAUCCUCAAAGCUUUUGAGGAUUGCAGUAAGAUUCCAUUUUUCAACUUCAGUAUACUUCGAAGCUUCUGCAAUAAUGGAAGAGGAGACUACCUUGAAGCUAAUCAUGGAGAAAGGCCCUCUAGAGGGACAAACCCUAGAAUUCAAACCCGGAUCUGUGAUUCGAAUCGGCAGAGUUGUCCGUGGCAACACAGUGUCCGUCAAAGACGUCGGUGUUUCCUCAAAGCAUCUGCUGAUCGAAUUCAAAUCGGGUAAUUGGGUUCUCACGGACAUCGACUCCUCUAACGGCACAAUUUUAAACGACUCGAAACUCCUUCCGUUGAAUCCAUCGGACCUCAGCUCCGAAGACACCAUCAAGAUCGGCGAGUACACCUCCAUGAAGGUCCAAAUCGAACUCGCAGAACAGAGUCGGUUACGAAGAAACCCUAGGAGGCGACCCAAAGAUGAAAUUCUGGAUGCUGUGGUAGCUGUUGCAGAGAAUCGCCGCGGGAGAGGCCGUCCAAAAAAGAAUAUGGCUUCAGUUAGUGAAAAUAGUGAGUUAGGGUUUGGGGUUGGAGGGGAAUUGGGUGAAAAUUUGGUGUCAAAAAAUCAGAAUCAGACUGGUCGGCCAAGGAGAGCUAGGGUUUUGAAGAAUGAGGCUCAAGAGAGCUUAUGCAAGGUCAAAAAAGUCGAAGAAGUAAACAAUGCAGGUCCAGUUGAGCCAAAACAGGGGAGACAAAUGAGUGCUAGGAUGACCCGGAAUUCAAAGAAGGCAGAGAAUUUGAAUUCUGUUUCCAUGCUUGAGAAAAUUCCAGAGAAAUCAGGUUUAGAUGGAAAUAAUUGUAGAGAGCUGGAGAGUUCAGCUCCCGUUGAGGAUGUUAAAGGUAAGAGGGCGCGAGGGGGGACAAGAAGGAAGAAGAAUGUAGAGGAUGAACCAUUGGAGAGUGUGAAAAAUGUGGUUUCGGAGCAGGAGAUUAUGGAGGGGUUAAGUUUGCAGUCAGAAGGUUGUAAAGAAGUGGAGAGUUCAGCUCCCAUUGAGGAUGAUAAAGGUAAGAGGAUGCAAGGAGGAACAAGAGGGAAGAGGAAUUUAGAGGAUGAGUCAUUGGAGAGUGUGAAAAAUGUGGUUUCGGAGGAAGAGAUUAUGGAGGGGUUAAGUUUGCAGCCAGAAGGUUGUAAAGAAGUGGAGAGUGCUGCUGGUGUUAAAGAGAAUUUAUCAAAUGGACAGUCAGAAGCCGUUCAAAUUGAUGUGCGGGAAAAUAAUGAGGGGUUGGAGGAUUUGAAUUUGAGACGAGAAGGUGGUGAAGGAUUGGCAAGUGUAUCUGGUGUCAAGGAGAACGGUGUUGUGGUCGACGAUGAGCCAGAUUUGGAGAAGAUGACGCUGGGGGAGUGGUUUGAUUAUUUAGAGGUUUAUUUGCCGAAGCAGAUACAUGAUGCAACUGAAGAAAUGAUUUCGAAUAUGAGACAUAGAGCAUUGCAGUUUCACGAGUUUAUGUUGCAGCAGAAGAAUGAGAAAGAUAAGGGCAAAUUACCUAUAAGCUAGACACAGAAUGUGAGGAGCACUUUGUGCAAGUUAUCUGGGAAAAUGUGGCACAGCUAUGGACUCCGGAGGUGCUUCAUGGUUGUAGUAUCCUGUUUUCAAGGUAUGAUGGAAAAUUGACUACAUUAUUGCUUUAUGUUACAAUUACCUACACCAAGUAUCUGAACUUUAAAUACAAGUUUGCUACUAAGAAGAGAGAGGCUCUGCAUAAAAAAAUACUGAACACAAGAGCCAUUAUAUGUAUUUUUGUUAAGAUGAAUUUUGAGGUACUUAAAGAAAGUGACAGAUUAGAAGAAUCCAACCUUCGAGGACUAUCAAGCUAGACACUGAAAAUUUAAGGGAGGAGAAGAAGUGUAAUCUCUGUUUACACCUAAAAUGAGCCGGCCACGUGGAAGCCAGUGGCACCCAAAAGGCAUAAGAGAAGAAAUCUAGGUUUUUUUUGAAGUUUUGGUUCUUCUGGAACCUGGAUCCUCUCAUGUGCCAUGGGAUGUUUUGUGUCAAUGCAACAACUUUCAUGCUGCUUAUGUAAACUAUUUUAGAUCCUUUAUGCAAUAAUUUUACAUUGCUUAUUCGUAAAUGAUGUAUUGUAUCGUGUUAUGUAAGCAGUAGAAGAUGCAAACACAGAAUCGCAGUAGAAGAAGCAAACACAGAAUCCUAACACACGGAGUGGUCCUCAUUCUUUUACAGGUCCCUCUCACUCACGUUUGGUUUUUGGACGUAUGAAAACUACUUUGGUCCCACCUUCUGUCAAUAAUUUUUUUGGUUCAGUUUGAGAGUUUCGUAAAUUUCAUCUUCUUCAUCGAACCCCAUUUCAUUUAACUCAUGAAAACUAGUUUGGUCCCUCCAAAGAUUGCCAACCCUCAUUCUCUUUUAACUAUUUUAAAGAAUGAAACUUGAGAACCAUUCAAAGGAUUUAUUCGAAAAAGAUCAAAUAAAGCCAAAGUAUAUAUAAUUGGAAUAUUUAUUCGAACCAUAACUGAAGUUCAAGAACAAAAGAAGUAAGCUCCUCCACAGCGUAGGUAGGUGAUAACAAUACAGUGGUCACAACGUAGAUAAAUCAAAUUAAACUACACACAUAAUUUGGGGUCGAAGGUUUCUUUAUUUGUUUAAUACAAGAUCAUUAAUUCAGUGUUGUUCACUACUUUUUAACCCGCCAAAAAAAAAAAAAAAAAAACUAUUUUUUUAUAAAAUAGUACUGCAAUUUUCUAUAUAUACAAGAGAACAUUUUUCUGUGUUGCUCAUGCUUUGGAUAACCAUGCCCUUCAAGCUAAAUCCUCUGAUUUCAGUUGGGAGGUGCCCUUCAAUCCCUAUUAGAGCAAGCCCAAUGGUCCAAAAUCCAGCGAUUUUGGGUCAAAUUCCGCAAUUUGAAUCCUCCAAUGAAAAAUUUACCAUGGCUGUAUUAUUAUUGUCAUGUGACACUUU